UAGGUGUGUCUGGUUACUUUCCCUGCAGGAAUUGUCCAGUAACUUCUUUCUGAGAGAGUAAGGUAGUUUUAUUCUCUUUUGCAAGAAAAAUGCGAAAAGUAAACAGACGGCAUCCCUGCAGAAGCUUGCAACUAAUCAGCUGAUUUGUCAAAACAAACCAAUUAGUCCGCCAUUAUAAAGAAUUAAAAGAAAGAAAACACAACCAGUUUAACAAGUUUUUGAAAUAAAAAGGAAAUAAAAUAAAAAAAUGAGCAAUAAAAGAAAGAUAGAUUUGAUGUGUUCCCCAGAAACUUUUAAACGUGUUAGUAAUGAUACAGAGUUUAGGAACGCUUUGGCAAGUGGUAUCGAGGGGAUUGAGGAAUGUGACGAGUUAAUUUUUUCGCCGAAUGUUGUUUCCGACGAAAGCAUGGAGGAGCCACUUGUGUUUAACCCGAUCUUUGAGCCUCAAUGCCAACUCGAAGAAGGCUGUGAACCACAAAGCCCAGAGCCCGACGGCAAAAAGUCCAUUUGGUUGGAUUCCUCAACAAAACUUUUAAUUAACAAAUAUAAGGAUUUGCGGCCUUUAGUCGGAAAAGUGGCUUCGCUAAAAAACAAAAAACAGAUGUGGACAAAGAUUUCAGAGGAGCUUAAGGCGAAUGGGCAUGAUUUUACCAUAGCGCAAGUGGAAAAUAAGUUUUAUAGUUUGGAGCGGCAAUACAAGAACAUGCAGCUUCAUAAUUCAAAAACUGGUCGUGAUCGACAGACAUGUCCCUAUAAAAGGUAAUCAAGUUGUUAAUUAAAAAGUUAAAUAGUAUCAGUCAUUUUGCGGACAAAUGUAUACCCUCAGCCAAUGUUUGAUUAUUUAAAUGAAUUUGUAUUUGUUUAAUGACUGCAUAAAAAGUUGAUUUUGAUCACUCCCAUGGUGAUUCCGAAGAAGUUGGCCAAUAUUGUCCAUUAAUAUCAUAAGCCUGAUAUAAGCAUAAUAAGGUAUCAGGUAUAUCGACAACUUCCUUCAUUUUAUAUGAGACAUGUCAUAUUUUUUGGAUGAUUGCUGAUAUAGUGGACCGAAAUAUUCCUCUUCAUCUAAUACUAAUAAAUUUAUUGUGAUGUGAAAAUUUAAAGAACAUGGAAAAUGAUGACCGACAU